AUAAUUUCCAUAUUAGUAUAAUUAAAGAAUCAUUUCAAUUUAUAAUUAAAAAUAUGUAUGUAACUAAACGGCCUACAUUAAGGAUAAAUCAGUCUGAUCUAGAGUGUAGAAAUGGUUGUGGGUUUUAUGGAAAUGCAGAAUGGGAAGGGUAUUGCUCUAAAUGCUAUAGAGAAUAUGUUAGAAAAAACCGAGAACUGCAAGGAUCUGAUGGAACUUUAGAUACAAAUAAAACUCAUAUAUCAGGUUUUUCUAAAUUUGAAGAAAAGAAGAGACAACAAACUGAUAAGAAAAACAAGUAUUUGAAAAAUCUUACACCAGUAUUUAGGAAAACAUCAUCAGCCAGAGAAUCAACUCGCUCUGAAAAACACGCACCUAGACAUGCCAAUCCAGAAAUUGAGAAACUUUUAGCAGAGUAUAUUUCAUCUUUUGGUUCAUGGGGUGAAAAUGUUCGAAAUGAUUUUUUAAAAUGCAGUAAUUCUGUUUAUACAAAAGUGAUAAGUGAAAUUGAUUGCAAACCCAUUGAUGAAAUAGCAGAUUUAGUUCAGAGAUAUUACACAAUGUUUUCAAAUCGAUUACAGAUCGAACAAGUGUAUGAACAUGUGAGUCCAGAAGCUAAAGAUCAAAUUUUUGAUUUCUUUGAAAAAUUUGUAAUGGUAUAUUUGUACAGUAUUUUGUUUUGUCCUUACACAACUGUUGAUGAAGAAAAAGAUUUGCUUAUUCAAGAAAGAAUUCGUAAACUAAGCUGGGUGAAUGCUUAUCAUUUAGGUUGCUGUAUUAGCGAAACAAGUAUGGAAGUAAGAGAAUUAGUAUAUACAGCAAUUACUGAACUUUUAGGAAUGGAUUCAGUAAAAGCGCCCCAAGAAAAAUUGACUUGCGUCGUUAAAUGCUGCAGAAGUAUAAUGGAAGUAUUACAACAUUGCCAAGGUGGUCCCGUUAGUGCUGACGAAUUUUUGCCUGCUUUAAUUUUCAUUGUAUUGAAAGCUAAUCCGGCACGUCUUAAAAGUAACAUGAACUUCGUUACCAGAUUUUGCAAUGCACAAAGGUUGAUGCAAGGCGAAGGAGGAUACUAUUUUACAAAUCUGUGUUGUGCAGUAUCGUUUAUCGAAAGUCUAACUGCGGAGUCACUAAAUAUGCCAGAAAAUGAAUUUAAGGCAUACAUGACUGGUGCUAUAACCCCCGUCAGUGCUUGGGAAUCUGCUUUAGUUGCCUGCGAAAGUAUGCACCAGCUUUGUGAACAUUUGACGCAACUGAAGAUGUUAUCAGAUAGAAUUGACACGGUCAAACAAGGUGCUGAUACACUGAAAAGUAAUAUAGAAAAGUUUAAAGUAAGUUUUAAAUGUUGUGCAGUAUCGUUUAUCGAAAGUCUAACUGCGGAGUCACUAAAUAUGCCAGAAAAUGAAUUUAAGGCAUACAUGACUGGUGCUAUAACCCCCGUCAGUGCUUGGGAAUCUGCUUUAGUUGCCUGCGAAAGUAUGCACCAGCUUUGUGAACAUUUGACGCAACUGAAGAUGUUAUCAGAUAGAAUUGACACGGUCAAACAAGGUGCUGAUACACUGAAAAGUAAUAUAGAAAAGUUUAAAACGGAAAUAACUACGAAAGUAGCAUCAACCCUGGAAAGAAUUCCAAUUAUCAUAAAACCGCCACAAAAACUUUUUAUUUGGAGUAAGGAUAGACUUUUCGGAAAUAAAACAAAAUUAGUGACCUCAUCAAACAGUAACGAAAAGAAUUCGUUGGACGAAAGUAUAAAUCAUGAAGACAAACCAGGCCCGUCAAAUUAUUAUUGGAAAAACCUACAGAUUCAAUCUUUUGGUUUUCCAUUUGACGCUCUUGAAAAACCUAAAUUCGAAAAACAUGAUCUUUCCAUAAUAAAAGAUGUAGCCUUUUCGCCUACAAAAAACACACCCACAAUUGCUAGUCUGUCAGGUUUAUCUGGUGUAAGCUACGACAUCGAUUUAUCUGAUUUAAGUGCCGAAAAUAGCAUUGCAGAAGAGGUAACACCAGAAAAACUAAAACCAAGUUGUAAGUCAGAUCCUUUCAGUCCUGACGACAAAUUUUCUUUGGAUUCUUUCUCACCUGUACCCGAUUUCUCUGGAAAUUUAGAUGCUACAAACGAUUCGGAAAUUAAUACCUCUGUAAUAGACAAAAUAGGAGGUACACCAACGUCAAAUUUACCAUCUCCUUUAAAACCAACUACAUCCUUUGUGGGCAUAACCAAACAGGGUUGGCAAAUACCAAACAUUCCUUGUAAUACAGGAGAAUUUAAUUCAGUGGGAUUAACUGAAGCAAGUUCGAGUCAAAAAGAAUCUGGUAAUUGAUAAAGAAAAUCUGAGAUGAUUAAGUAAUCUGUCAAUGAUAUAGUGAAAGUAAAAUGGAAUAAAGAUUUACUCAUAAACACUUAAAAGCUCAUCAUCUUUAUCCAAAAAGGUUAGUGAAAAAGUUUGGAAGGAGUUGAUUACCUACAUAAUUACAUGCAAAUUCGUGUUAUGUUAUAUAUGUAUGUAAGUAUUAUAAAUAUAUUGUGAAAGCAUUCUUUGCAAAAUAAAAUAUAAUAAUGUA